GCACAAUGCGUGAUGGGCUGUGCUGUUUUUCAUAGCAACAACUGUAGAGUUGAAUACCGCUACUGAAUACAACUGCAGUUUACCGACUUGUUAUAACUACCGUACAUAAAUCCUCCUUUUAACCGUAAUAGCAUUAAAUGGCAAAGCGUCGUGUUUACUUAAAAUAAUAUUUCCCACAGUGCCAUUUGGGAACUAUUAGCAACUAGGUAGCUUGCUAGCUACCUGAAGUACAGUUUGGCAGGGGCAGUGACUAGCAGUGUUAGCUAACUAGCUAACCAGCUAGCACUAUUGAGGCUGGGUGUGAAUGAAGCAGAAAAGAGAGCAGUCCCCGGCCGUGUGCUAAGAUAAUGCUCAGACAUGGUGCCCAGUCAGACCCACGUGAUGCUGAAGUGGCAGGAGCACCUGAACAGCUCGUGGUCGGCGGAGGACAGCGUGCAGACGGCCACGCGGGGCGGCGCGGCGGCGCUCUACGCCAAGCUCCUGCACAACCGGGAGGUGGUGGGGCUGGCGCAGCCGGUGCAGGACCUGAUCGGGCCGCGGCUGCCCGACUUCCAGUAUGAGUGGAGCGCGGCGGAGGAGAAGCAGGAGCACGUGGCGGCCCUCCUGCACAGCCAGCGCUGCCUGACGCAGCGCAUGCUGGCGUGCACGCCCUACGCGCUGGCCCUGCACCACCGCACGCUGGCGCUGCAGCGCAUCUACUACGCCCUGCACAGCAAGUACCACGACCGCUUCCGCCCGGCCCCGCCCGCCCCGUCCGCCGCCGCCGCCGCCGCCGAGGCCGGCGCCCUGGAGCCCGCGGCCGAGCCCUGGUCCCCCGGGGCGCGGGUGCGGUCCGGCACGGACGUCCUGAUCGAGAUGGGCGUGCGCACGGGCCUCAGCCUGCUCUUCGCCCUGCUGCAGCAGAACUGGCUGCAGGCGCGCCGCGACCCCGGCCUGGCGCUCUGCAACGACGUGCUGGCCACCGCCUCCUCCGUGCUGUCCUCGCUGCCCCCGCUCUCCCUGGCCAACGAGAACAAGAUCCCGGCGGUGGGGCUGGACUGCCUGGCGCAGGUGGCCGACUUCCUGAAGAAGACGUCGGUGAGCGGCUCGGGGGCGGACCGGGCGGGGCGGCGGCUGGCCCUGGAGCUGCUCCUGGGGCUGGCCAUGCAGAGGGGCUCCCUCCGCUUCCUGCUGGAGUGGAUGGAGGUGGCGCUGGCCGCGUCCGCCGCCGCCGCGUCCGCCGUGUCCUGCGGGUCGGACCCGUCCCGCGCCCAGGGGGGCAUCGGAUACGACCUCAUCGCCCAGACCCUGCUCAAGAUGCGGCAGUACUCGGGUUUCAGAGGGGAGUCGGUCAAUGCCCAGCUGCUGAAGAAGGACCUGGAUGGGCUCUGCAAUCUGGCCCAUGUGGUGCUGUGUCUCUUUGAGGAGAUCUGCAACCUGGCCUCCAACUGCCUGUGCUCGUGCAGCACAGGCUCGGCUGCGCCGGGCAUGGAGGGUGACGCCGUCAUGGUGUACGUGUGGGGCAGCAACAGCAGCCACCAGCUGGCAGAGGGCACGCUGGAGAAGAUCCUGCAGCCCAAGCUGGCACAAGGCUUCAGCGAUGCCCAGAUGAUCGAGGCGGGGCAGUACUGCACGUUCUCGGUGUCGGCCGACGGCUCCGUGAAGGCCUGCGGGAAGGGCAGCUACGGGCGCCUGGGCCUGGGGGACUCCAACAACCAGUCCGUCCCCAAGAAGCUGGUGCUGGAGCCGCCCCGCAACAUGCGCAAGGUGUCCUCCUCCAAGGGCUCGGACGGCCACACCCUGGCCGUGACCGGCGAGGGCGAGGUCUUCAGCUGGGGGGACGGCGACUACGGCAAGCUGGGCCACGGGAACAGCGCCACCCAGAAAUACCCCAAAAUCAUCCAGGGACCACUGCUGGGCAAGGUGGUGGUGUGUGUGUCUGCUGGCUACAGACACAGCGCAGCUGUCACCAACGACGGGGAGCUCUACACCUGGGGAGAGGGUGACUUUGGCAGGCUCGGCCACAGUGACAGCCACAGUCGGAACGUCCCCACGCUGGUGAAGGACAUCAGCGGGGUGGGGCAGGCCGCGUGCGGGAGCUCCCACACCAUCGCCGUGGCUCAGGACGGCCGCAUCGUCUGGUCCUUUGGAGGGGGGGACAACGGUAAACUGGGCCAUGGGGACACUAAUCGCGUGUACAGACCCAAGGUCAUCGAGGCCCUGCACGGGUUCAUCGUCAGGAAAGUGUGUGCAGGGAGUCAGUCCUCUCUGGCUCUUACCUCUGCGGGACAGGUGUUCGCCUGGGGGUGUGGCUCGUGCCUGGGGUGUGGCUCAUCCGAGACCACGUCUCUGAGACCCAGGUUCAUCGAGGAGCUGAGCGUCACCAAGAUCAUCGACAUCUCCUGCGGGGACAGCCACUGUCUGGCCCUGUCCCACGAAAAUGAAGUGUAUGCUUGGGGCAACAAUGCCAUGGGCCAGUGUGGGCAGGGACACACCUCUACGCCCGUUACCAAGCCCAAAAAGGUGGUUGGCCUGGAGGGCGUGUCCAUCCAGCAGAUCACAGCAGGCACCUCCCACAGCCUGGCCUGGACUGCGGUCCCCACGGACAGGCAGCUGGUGGCCUGGCACAGGCCCUUCUGCGUGGACCUGGAGGAGAGCACCUUCGCCUACCUGCGCAGCUUCCUGGAGCGCUACUGCGACGGGAUCAGCAGCGACACGCCCCCCACACCCUUCCCCUCCAAGAGGGAGCACCACCAGUUUGUGCUGCUGUGUAUGAAGCUCCUGUCCAUUCACCUGUCUCUGGCCCACGCGGGCGGGACGGGGGCCACAGUGCUGGGGGCCCAGGGAAGGCCCCUGAGAAACCUGCUCUUCAGGCUCAUUGACUCCAGCGCCCCGGAGUCCAUACAGCAGGCGGUGAUGAGCACGCUCUCCAUCGGCGCCUCGCUGCUCCUGCCCCCCCUCAGGGAGAGAACAGAACUCCUGCACUCACUGCUACCUCAGGGCCCCGAGAGCUGGGAGACCCUCUCCAAGGGCCAGCGCCUCCAGCUGGACAUGGUGCUGAACAGCCUCCAGGAGCAGUCCCACGUGGCGUCGCUGCUGGGGUACAGCUCUCCGGGAGAGUUCACGGCCGGGCUCCCCCCUCCCCCCUCCCCCGCCGAUCGAACCUCAGGCAGCUCCGACGCUCACGACCACUUCCACCUGGCCGAGGUCCUGCUGAAGACCCUGCUGCUCAGCAUCGGGUUCUACACGGAACGGGCUUUCGGCGAGCUGGAGAAGAACAGUGACAAGCAGCAGCCCAGUCAGGCUCCCAAGCAGACGAGCCCCCCGUCUCAUUUCCACCACCUACUGUCAGCAAUGCACAAGCACCUGCUGGCCCACUGCUACAUAAACACUAGUGCAGAGGACGACAACAGCGUGAAGCUGCUCCACAAGCACUUGUGCCUGCUGCUGCCCUACGCCGCAGAGACCUUCAGGAGGUCCACUCUCCUGCUGGAGGAGAGCUCCCUGGACAAGCACGUCAUCAAGAAGCUGCACUCGGUGCUGUACGGCUCUGUGGCGGGCAGUCUGCUGUGCCAGGUGAUGUACUCCCUCCUGCUGCUGCCCCUGCUGGUGGUGCGCCCCCUGCUGCCCCACCUGCUCUCCCUGCUGGAGCACCUCAACGAGCUCAACUGCUUCCUGCCCGACACCGGGCUGCUCGAGGAGACCGAGCUGGAGGGGGCGUGUCCAGAACUGACAGAGGGUGUGGGACCCGCCUCUGGGGUGGAGUCUGAGACCUGGGUGUGGUUACUGGACCUGGAGAGGUCUGUGGCCCUGGCGAUUGGCCGAUGUCUUGGAGGGAUGCUGCAGGGCCCGCCCCUCUCCAUCCAGGAGACCACGGCCGAUUUCUGGCUGCGGAACCCGCUGCUGAGGAACGGGCUGGAGAUGGACUUUGAGCAGCUGGACUCCUCCAUGGCCUGGCUGACGGAGGCCGUGCUGCUGGGCUGUGCCGACGUGAAGCUGGGCGACCUGGACGUGAGCGAGGAGAACGGCACGCUCGUGGAGCUGGCGCUGGGCGUGGCCCGCGAGCCCGCCAGCGGCCUGUGGAGGAGGAUGAAGGAGUACGCCGUCAGCAGAGACUGGGACAGCGGGCCGCUGGGGGACCCCCUGCUGGAGACUGCGUGCCGCUGCAGCCUGGCUGCCUUCCUCAAACACACCGGCCUGCAGGACGAGGCCUACUGGCAGGACAAGUACGAGCCCUGCGAAAUGCUGAUUGAGAUCUAUCAGAUGGUGUAUAAGGUCAGGAACACGCUGCUGUCACACAAGGACUCCCCCGGGAACACGGCCAAGGUCCAGACACCGUCUGUCACCAAGCAGAGUUCCCUGCUGUCCCAGAGCCCAAGUGAAGAGAGGCAGGAGGGGUGCUCUGGCGCCCCCAACGAAAGGGCGGCCAAGGAGGUGGAGCCAGGCUGCCAGGCCGCACCUGCCGAACACAACCAGGAGGAGGCGCCAGAGGAGGACCCGCCCAGUAUCAGCAGUAUGUACCUGCCGGAGGUGCUCCAGUGCUUCCUGGCCACGCGCGAGGCCAUGCAGCUGCAGCAGAACGAGACGGUGUACGAGUCCUCCGGCACCAGCACCCUUCCCAGCAGCACCGAGAGCCCGGGCACGCCCGAGCGGGAGCCGCCGCAGCGCUGCUGGGACCGGCGCCGCGGCUCCGAGGAGGGCCUGUCCUUCCCCUCCGCCUGCCACCUGGUGGUGUCCCGCUGCGUCUUCCUGCUGCUGGGCGUACGGGCAGCCUGGCAGGAGCAGGACCCGGAGGAGCCCGCCGACGAGCAGAGAGAGAGCGCAGGGCUACGGAAAUCCAUUUCAUCACAGGAAGGAGCCUCUUUUUUCAGCCAGAAGGCAGACUUCAGCCCAGAAAUGAGAAAAGGAGAGAAUGAAAAUCCUGACCAAUCAAAGACCUCAUCUGGAUCCUUUAAGAACAAAAUGGGUAAGUUUUAUUUGUCUCAGCCUGCCGCGGCUCCCUGGCAUCCGAAGAGGCUGGGAGCGCCUGCGCCAGUGCAUCAGCCCCAGCGCCACCCUGUGCCCCGCGGCAGCAUCGCCUCGUCCUGGCCCAGCUCUUCCAUCCCCGGCACUCCUCCGCACCCCUCCCUCGCCCAGCGGAGCGGUGCCGCGCCACCGACCCCAGAGCCUCACCCUGCCAUGGCCCACGCACAAGCUAUGACCGCCCCUGUUGUCUUGGACUCGCCCCACAUGCCUCUGACCCACCCCCACGUGCGGCUGGAGGCGCUGCGCCAGAUCUCCUCCUUCCUGUCGGAGAUGGAGGAGAAGAGCCGGUGCUCGCCGGCGCCCCCGCGCUUCCCUGGCCUCCUGCAGUCGGUGCAGCUGCAGUUCCUGUCCGGCUGCUUCGGGCUGGGCAUGCCCACGUCCGGCGCCCUGUCCUCCGCCAGCGAGAAGCUGCACCACUACACCUCAGGGACGCAUUCUGCAAAAAUGUGCACGCAGAGGGAGCUGCAGGCUGCAGCGCACAAGCUCUACCAGCAGGUGGUGCGUGUGCUGCGACAGAAGGUCCUGGCAGAGAAGGAGCAGUCAGGGUCGUACCAGCAUUUACUUCUGGCCACGGUGUUUGCCCUGAACUUCCGCUACAAGCCGGUGGACCUGGUGGUGAUCAUAAAGUGCGGCGUUCUGGAGAUCCUGUCCGCGCUGACGGAGAACGCCUGCGUGCUGAUGAACCAGCGCUGGCUGGCGGCGUCCGUGUCGGGGCACAUGCAGCUGGGCGGGGCGGUGAAGCUGGCCAGCGCGCGGCUGCUGCAGGUCCUGGCCAUCGCCGCCAGCUCCUGUGAGGACGCCCUGCCGCUCGAUGUGCUGCAGGCCUUGAUGGACGUGAUGUGCGAGCAGCUGCAGAGCCUGCUGCACUUGGUCCACCAGCAGGAGGCGCUGGAGAGCGGCGCGGCUGACUGCGCAGACCACGGCACAGGAGCCAAGAAGUCCAAACCAGAGAAGGGGGAGGUGCCGCGGAGCAGCCGGGUCGUGGAGUCCCAGCUGGCCGACUUCCUGGUCUUCCUGCGGCGCAUAGUGUCGUUUCGCGGGACCAAGAGGGUCUCGGCCUUCGCCAAGUGGAUCGACCCCCUCAUGAGCAUCGUGUCCCACAGAGCCACUCCAGGCUCCCCACUUUUCCGGAACUUGCGAACCAAACUGCUGGCUUUUCAUAUUUUGGAGGCUUUGCUGCCCGCCUGUUCGGACCCAGCACAAGUCAAACAGAUCGUGGAUCAGCUGUUCGGCCUCCUGUCUGCAUACAUGUGGGAGGAGCAUCCAGACGCGAGCAGAAGUCAGGAAACGGCGGACAGCCCACUGAAGUACCUGGGGAGGGAGGACGAGUGCAUUCCCAUCGGGGAUUUCUCCUUCGACCCGUACAAGCUGACCUGCUGCUCGCUGGAGAGCGGGAACGUGCUGUCCCACGGCUCUGGGGGGAAGGGCUACGGCCUGGCCACCACCGCCAUCACCUCCGGCUGCUUCAUCUGGAAGUUCUACAUCACCAAGGAGAACAAAGGCAACGAGGGCACGUGCGUGGGCGUGUCCCGCUGGCCCGUGCGCGACUUCAACCACCGCACCACCACGGACAUGUGGCUGUACCGGGCCUACAGCGGGAGCCUGUACCACGGCGGCGAGCUGGGCCGGGCGCUGCCCUCCUUCACCCAGGGCGACACCGUCACCUGCAUCCUGGACAUGGAGGCGCGCACCGUCUCCUUCGCCAAGAACAACAAGGAGCCGAAGCUGGCGUUUGAAGGCGUGGACGCGGCCGAGCUGUACCCCUGCGUGCUGUUCUACAGCAGUAACCCUGGAGAGAAAGUGGCGCUGUGUGACCUGCAGAUGCGGGGCAUGCCCAGUGACCUCCUGCCCGGGGAGCCCCUGUGCAGCCCCCGCGGCACGGUGCUGCUGGAGGCCAGCGUGCAGCUCCUGAGACGCCUCCACCUGUGCGACGGCUGGACCCCCCACAUCAACCAGCACAUCGAGAGCCGGCUGGAGCUCAUCGGCCCCCUGCUGUGUGAGGGAGGGCUGGCCAAGCCGGGAGAAUCCCUUGCGAAGCGGGGCCUGGAGGAGGAGGUGCCGGGGGAGAGCGGAGGAGGCGCGGGGAGGCAUGGGGAGGUGGCGGCGGGCCCCUCGGCCCUCUCGGAGCCGCAGCUGGGCGCUCUGUGCCGGGAGGUGUGGCCCGUGCUGGCUCUGAUCGGGGGCGUGGACCGAGGCCUGCGCGCGGGGGGGCUCUGCCUGCACAGGCCCAGCAGCCGCAGGGCCACCCUGCUGGGGGUGCUGAAGGAGGGCAGCCCCCUGGCCAAGCUCCAGUGGGAGGAGGCGGACCUCAGCGUCAGCUUCCUGAAUUCUUGGUCACCUAGCGACACGCCGCUGUCAGCGCUGGAGCCGUGCGACGCGCCCCAGCUGGACGUGGCUCGGCUCCGGGGCCUCAAGCCCGCCGUGCUGCUGGACCUGAUCUUUCUGAGCGGGACGCUGGAGGAGCAGGAGCGCCCCGCCCCCUGCGCUGGCCCCGCCCCCUCCCGCAGGCGGAACGAGCUGGAGCGCCGGCUCGACGAGGACAUCGCCCGCGUCAUGGCGGACGAAGAGGGCGGGGCGGGGCCAGCGGAGGGGGAGAAGGAGCAGGAGGAGGAGGAGGAAGGGGUGCAGGGAGGAGGAGCCUCGGACCAGCCUCCCCUGAAGAAGAGGACAGGUUCUCUGAGCGCUGAUAAAGAGGGGCACGCUGAACAGGAGGGCACUCCCUGCCCCCCGGCGGAGGCGACUGUACCCCAGCUCCCCCGCCCCGACCUCUUCUCCCUGGAGCUGCGGGCCGUGCGCGUGUCCUACCUCCUGCUGGGGGCGCUCAAGAGCCUGGCCGUCAUCCUGAGCUGUGGGAAGUUCACCGACAUGCUGGUGGUGCCGAAGGCGGCCCCCGCGGACUCGGCCAGGGCCGGCACGGCCGGCGAGGACGGCUCCGAGCUGCGGUCCGUCCUGCAGUUCGUGGUGCGCAGCAUGGUGAAGUGGGCCGUCCGGCCCUGCCCCAUCAGACAGGGGGCGUCGCUGGCCGACCUGGAGAGGGCGCAGGUCAUGAUCUUUAAAGGCGCCCUCAACCAGCUGCAGGAAGACACCGGAGCCAGAGACCAAAAAGACCCGGGACAGCCGUCGUCCUCGCAGCCCGUGUCCAAGUCCUCCAGCACCGUGUCUCUGUACAGCAACGGCUCGGAGGGAGCGGCGGCGUUCGGCCAGUCCGCCAGCGCCUCGGCCUCGUCCUCCAGCAACGACCUGGCCGCCUCCCUGCUGUCCGCGCUGCAGGCCGACGGCCUGGAGAACUUCAACCCCUUCCUGCCCAUCAACCUCCUGCAGCGGAUGGUCUUAGCACGGUUCCCCACGCUGGCCAGCCUGAUAAAUAACCCCAUGUUGCACCCAGGCUUCGCCGUGGCCGGCUCCGCCCCCGGGCCCGCCUCCGGCUGCGAAGCCUUCACCGAGCCGCAGCCCGCCUUCCUGGAGGCCUGCGGCAGGGCCAGGAUCCGCGUGGAACGGCCUCAAAUGUUUGUUCCCGUACGGUUGCUAGAAAUGGGCUUCUCUAUGAGACAUAUCUACAAAGCCAUGGAGGCAGCAGGGGUGACGGGGGAGGUGGACUCCCGCACCAUCGAGGUGCUGGCCAGCUGGAUGCUGGAGCACCCGCUGGCGGACGAGCAGCAGAUGGAGGAGGGGCCGUCCAUCGGGGGCAUCGCUGAGAGCCCGUCCCCCGAGGGCCCGGAGACGGUGCAGUGCCCCGAGUCCCCCGCCCCUCUGUCCCUGCAGGAGAGCAGCGAGCCCAGCGAGAGCAUGCUGGCCGGCCUGGAUCUUGUGGAGAGGGAGAACUUCCUGGACGUGCACCUGACCAGGAACAGGCCCCCUCCGGCCCGGCGGCAGCGCACCAGCGCGGGGCACAGGAACUCCUUCAGGAGAGCAGACUCCCCUUCGCCCAAUCCCAUCCCACCGAUCUACAGACAGGAUCCAGGGGUAUCCGAUUGGCCGGAGCAAGCAGAGACACACCCCUUUGCAGCGGAGGAAGAGUCAGAGCUGGGGUACAUGGAUGACCCCUACCACGAGGAGUCCUAUGAAGAGGUGCUCACUCCUGAGUUCAUCACCUCAGAGAGGGACACCCUGUGGAUGGUUGAGGGAGGGGAGGAGCACCCGGAGCCCCACGAGAUGGUGGAGUGCGAGCUGUGUGACGCGCUCACGCUGCAGUUCAACGGCCACAUGAAGCGCCAGCACCCGGGCUGCGGCCAGAGCGCCGGUCGCCGCGGCUACCGCAGCAACGGCGCCUACGUGGACGGCUGGUUCGGCGGCGAGUGCGGCUCCGGCAGCCCCUACUACCUGCUGUGCGGCCCCUGCCGGGAGAAGUACCUGGCGGCCAAGCUGGGCGACCCGGGCCCCAAGCACGACAGGGUGAAGAGUCUGGCGUCUGAUCUGAUUGGACGAUUGGAAAGUGCUUCUGAUGAUGAGUGGGACCUGUGUCCCCGGGACGACAGCGACGCCGACAGGCUGACGGGGCAGGAGGAUUUCGGGGUGUUGCUGAGGCCUCUGGGCCUCUCUGAGAAGAAGCUGGUUCCGGACCCGAUCCUGUUCACCGAGCACGAUCCCCUGGGAGCGCUGGUGGCUAACUCCAUCAGCAGCGACAAGGCCUCCAUUUUCAAAGGGGAGGCCGGUGUGGAGCAGAAGGCCCCGCCCGUGCCCCUGAGCCUGGGGGAGCAGGCGGCUGCCCUGCGGGACCCUCACGACCGGCUCCUGGCCCUGAAGCGCGUGACCACCACCACGCAGAUCCUGCUGGCCUACAGCGUGGUGAUGAAGGCGCUCUCCCAGACCUCGUCCAGCGCCUCGGUGUGCAGCCACUCGAGCGGGCUGGAGGCCCUCGGCCUGGCCAACAUCCGCAUCCUGGUGCGCUUGAUGUGCCUGGCGGCCUCGGGGAGAGUCCACACCGCCAUGGACCACCUGGGCUGCGGACACGGCUCCAGCUCCGCCUUCCUCACCUUCCUCAGCUCAGCCAUUGGCUCCCUCGUGUCCAACAGUCCCACCGCCUACCGUGAGCUGGUGGACAUCUGCACUCAGGAUCUGAUGGCGGCGGCCACAGGCAUGAGCGUCGGUGCCGUUAGCGACGCUCACCAGAGGGGCCGCCUGAACGCCCCUGGGAAGGCGUCCCGGGACGAACCCAAGCACCCCACUCCCCCCACGUUCCUGGUCACCCAGAGCCUGGUCUCCCUGCUGACAGAGAAGGGCAUCCGGUACCGCUACAGUCAGGACAGGGCGGAGCCCGACUCCAGGGACAAUAGCAGCCCAGGGACUGCAGGUCCACCCCCUCAGGUGGGGGCGAGGGUGGGGCCCCUGGAGCUGGCCAAUGCGCUGGCUGCCUGCUGCCUGUCCUCCAGACUGUCCAGCAGCCACCGGCAGUGGGCCGCCCAGCAGCUGGUCCAGGCCCUGGCGGCGUCUGAGAGAGACAACCCCGCCCGGCCGCAGACCUACAGCGACAUGGCCGGGGACCUGCGCAAGUGCGCCGUGAAGAAGCUGGAGGGCCACCAGAACAGGGUGACGAGCUGCUGCUGGAGCGGCGAGCGGGGGCUGCUGGCCACGGGCGCUCAGGACGGGACGGUGCGGCUGUGGGACAUCUCCCAGACCACGGCGGAGCUGCAGAGCACCCACACCUGCAGCCUCAGUGAGGACAGGCCCAGCUCAGAGAGCAGCGUGGGGGUGCAGUGGGUGUCCUCGGUCGGCUGGAGCGCAGGUGGAGCCUUCCUGGCUGCUUUCCAAAACAAGCUCAUCAACAUUUGGAGCGUUAGCGCGUCGCUGAGCCACAUGGAAAGUCAGCCCUCGUGGGUGACGGCCCUCUCCUGGGUGCAGAAGUCCUCCCCCUGUACCAGACAGGGUGCUGCCAGCCAGGCCAGCCCCACAGAGAGCCUGCUGGUGGGCAGGCUGGACGGCUCCCUCUGCUGGCUGGAGGUCACAGAGGCGCUUCACGUGGAGACCACUGAGCUGACGCACUGCCAGAGGAAAGAAUCUCCGCAGUGCAUCGCCUGGUACAGUCUGGACAAGCCCUUCGCUGUGGGCUACCCCGACGGGAAGAUCCUCCUGGCCACCGCCGAAUACUACCAGAGCGAGCAGCCCCUCAUCCUGUCCGCGUUCCCGGACAGCGUGAGCGGCCUGAGGUGGGACCCCACGGGGCACCUGCUGCUGUCCAUGGGCCGCUCGGACGUGGUGAAGGUGUGGGGCCGCGUGGGCAGCGCCUGGCUCGCCCUCUACUCGCUCUUCCACACGGGCACCGCCAACACCGCCGAGUGGUGCCCGCUCCCCGGGAGGGGCCCCGACCCCCGCCUCAUGCUGGCUGUAGGGUGCCAAAAUGGCGCGCUGUGCGUCUGGACUGUCCCACAGGGGGGCACCACUGUGUCAGUACCAAACUUCUUGAACAAUUCUGCCAACCAAGAGAAGAUUAGCGAUGUAAAGCGCGGCAGUGCCAAGUGCAUCUUCAGACUGAACGGCCACAUCACCGCGGUGAAGACGCUGUCCUUCUGUCCCAGCGGGUUGGCCCUGCUGUCUGGGGGGAUAGGGGGGCUCCUCAACAUCUGGUCUCUGCGGGAUGGAUCAGUCCUGCAGACUGUGAUGACGGGUCUGGGCUCAGUGGUCAGUACCACUUGGAUCCCAAAUGUGGGGGUGGCUGCCUGCUCAGGACGAUCUAAGGACGUGCUGCUGCUCCGCUGCUCCUCGGACUGGAUCUCCCAAAACCACGUCCUGGCCUCCUGCCGCAUGGUCCUCAGGGCGCAGGGCAUUGUGGGAUUGAACAAGGCCCCCUGCAUGGCUGUCUUCUUGGAGAGACUUCCCCUCCUUCUCCAGGAGCAGUACACUUAUGAGAAGAGUCAUGUGAACGCAGGUGACCAGCUGGUCCACAGUGGCUUCCUGCAGAGCCUGGCCUCGCUGAUCGUGGGGCUGUCCCUGGAUCAGCUGCUGUGCCGGCAGCCCACGCCGGCCCACCACGCCAGCCCCCAGCCCCAGCCCUGCCCCAGCGAGUGGAGCUGGCUGUUCACCUUCUCCACCACCGUCAAGAGCGCCGAGGCCUUCGCCCGGGGAACCGCCUUCCCAGAGUCCUUCACUGUGCCCGAGUUCCAGCAGGCUGGGGCCGACAUCACCAGACCUCUGGAUAACUGUAAAUGGAGUUUCAUGAUGGAUGAGCAGCUGAUGUCUUGGGCCACGACCAGGCCUGAGGACUGGCAGCAGGGCGGGAAGAGCGAGGUGUUCCUGUGGGGCAACGGGCGCCACGGGCAGCUGGCCGACGCCGGCACCAACCUGAUGGUGCCCACCCUCGCCCCGUCGCUGUGUCAGACGCAGCAGGUUGUGUGUGGACAGAACUGCACGUUCCUGGUGCAGGCCAAUGGGACAGUGCUGGCUGUGGGGGAGGGCAGCUAUGGGAGACUGGGCCAGGGGAAUUCUGACGAUCUGUACACCCCCACCGUGAUCUCUGCCUUACAAGGGUACGUGGUGACCCAGCUGGUGACGUCCUGCGGCUCGGACGGCCACUCGCUGGCGCUGACGGAGACGGGCGAGGUGUUCAGCUGGGGCGACGGGGACUAUGGGAAACUGGGCCACGGCAACAGCGAGAGGCAGAGGCGGCCCAAGCAGAUCGAGGCCCUGCAGGGGGAGGAGGUGGUGCAGCUGGCCUGCGGGUUCAAACACUCGGCCGUGGUGACUUCGGACGGGAAGCUCUUCACCUUCGGGAGCGGAGACUGCGGCCGCCUGGGUCAGAGGUCAACGUCCAACAAAAUGGUGCCGGAGCGGGUGAUGGCUCUGGAGGGCUACAGCGUCGGGCAGGUGUCCUGCGGCGUAAACCACACUCUGGUGCUGUCAUCGGACGGCACGAUCGUCUGGGGCUUCGGAGAUGGGGACUAUGGGAAAUUAGGCACAGGCCCCUGCACUGUGAAGUGCUAUCCUCAGAAAGUGGAGCUCCUUUGCAACAAAGGAAUAAAGAAGCUGGCUUGUGGGAGUCAGUUUUCAGUCGCUCUGGCGAAGGAUGGACAUGUGUACACAUUUGGGCAAGAGCGGCUGAUUGGCCUGCCGGACUCCAUGCUGAAGAACCACGACCGUCCCCAGGUGGUGCCGGCGCUGGAGGCCGUGUUCGUGGAGGACGUCGUCGUGGGCGCGGAGCACAUCCUGGCCCUGUCCGCCACCGGGGACGUGUACGCCUGGGGCUGCAACUGCGAGGGCCAGUUGGGCCUGGGCCACUCCAGCCCAGUGAAGGAGCCCACGCUGGUCACCGCUCUGCAAGGGAAGAACAUCCUCCAGAUCUCAGGUGGGCGGUGCCACAGCGCAGCCUGGACCACUCCCCCUCCCGCGGCCCGAGCCCCAGGUGCUUCUCCGGCCCUCCAGCUGGGGCGGCCUCAGUCUGUCCCCCCCCAGUACAACGCCCUGAAGGACUGCUGCCCUGAUGUGCUUAACACCCGCCUCCGGGUCCUCUACCACUUCUCUGACCUGAUGUACAAGUCCUGGCGGCUACUCAACCUCAACCCCAGGAACCAGGUUUCAGCCUCACGUUACAGCUCGGGAACCUCGGCCAUCGUUCAGGGCCAGCUGAGGGGCCUCCUGUCCCCCAAAGUAAACACUCUGCCCCUGGUCCGGUCCAUCGGGAGAACCAUGACUCAGGGCAAGACCUACGGGCCUCAGAUCACUGUCAAGAGGAUAUCCACCAGGGGGCGCUCCAGCAAGCCAAUCUUUGUGCAGAUCGCCAAGCAGGUGGUGAGCCUGAACCCCACGGAGCUGCGCUUGCCGUCCCGCGCCUGGAAGGUGAAGCUCGUGGGCGAGGGGGCGGACGACGCGGGCGGGGUGUUCGACGACACCAUCACCGAAAUGUGCCAAGAGCUGGAGUCUGGCGUAGUGGAUCUGCUCAUUCACACCCCCAACAGCUCUGCUGACGUGGGCAGCAACACCGACAGGUUCCUGCUGAACCCGGCGGCCAUGUCGGAGGACCACAUGGUCCAGUUCCGGUUCCUGGGCAUCCUGAUGGCCGUGGCGAUCCGCACCAAGAAGCCGCUGGACCUGCACCUGGCGCCGUGGGUGUGGAAGCAGCUGUGCUCCAUCCCCCUGGGCGGGCCCGACCUGGAGGAAGUGGACCUGCUCACCUACCGCUCCCUACAGAGCAUCCUCCACCUGGACAACAGCAGCAUCACCGAGGAGAACUUCCCCGUGAUGAUUCCUCUGGACUCUUUUACGGCCCACAGUGCAGACGGGAGGCUUGUACCGGUAGUCCCAGGGGGACACAACAUCCCUCUGAACUUUGGCAACAGGAACGAGUACGUGGAGCGGACCCUGGACUACAGGCUGCACGAGAUGGAUCGGCAGGUGGUGGCAGUGCGGGAGGGCAUGUCCUCCAUCAUCCCAGUGCCCCUGCUGUCCCUCCUCACCGCCAAACAGCUGGAGCAGAUGGUGUGCGGCCUGCCCGAGGUGUCCGUGGAGAUGCUCAAGAAGGUGGUGCGCUACCGCGACAUCACCGACAGCCACCAGCUGAUAGGCUGGCUGUGGCAGAGCCUGGAGGAAUUCACCAAUGAGGAGAGAGUGCUGUUCCUGCGCUUCGUCUCGGGCAGGUCCAGGCUGCCUUCAAACCCGGCUGACAUCACCCAGAAGUUCCAGAUCAUCAAGGUCGACAGGCCAAUCAAUGGCCUGCCCACGGCCCAGACCUGCUUCUUCCAGUUACGACUGCCACCCUACACCAGCCAGGCAGUGCUAGCCGAGCGCCUACGUUACUCCAUCCACAACUGUCCCUCCAUUGACAUGGACAACUACAUGCUGUCACGCAACAGUGACCCAGCAGAGGGCUCCGACACAGAAUACUAAGUGAGACAAGCGGCUCAAAAUGGCUGCCAUUACUUGAAAGCACAACUGUUUAUUGUAGUUCUUCUUCUUUAUGGUGCAAUAGAGCUCUCUCUGGGAAUGUGGUAUCAAAGUGCUGUUGGGGACAGAGAUGUGGGACUCGUACCCAUAAUGCACUUCUGAAAAUCCUCGAGAGUUGGAUCAAGAGUUCACCUCAAAAAAAAAAAAAAAAAAAUCAAGAA